ACUAGGUUUCCGCCUGAAAACCCUAUCAGUUUGCGAUCGUUUUGAUUCUGGUGCAGUCAGUGAGCAGUAUUCGAAAAUGCUGAAAAUUGUUCUAAUCGUCAGUGUGGCCGUAGUAGCCGUCUCAGCUCAAUAUUUCGGUGGUGAAGCAAUUGGUCUAGGAGAGGAAGGUGGUUACGGUGGAGGUGAAGAAGAACACGGGGAUUACUAUGCCCACCCGAAGUACAAGUUUGAGUACGGAGUGCAGGAUCACAAGACCGGUGACCACAAGAGUCACUGGGAAAUUCGUGAUGGCGAUGUAGUUAAGGGUCAAUACUCGCUGCACGAACCCGACGGCACGGAACGUGUGGUCGAGUACAAAUCGGACAAGCAUUCGGGAUUCGAAGCUCACGUCAAGCGGGUAGGACACGGGCAUCAUCCGCAGCUAUACAGUGGAGCCCAUCAUGAGGAAGGCGGUCACGGCGAUUAUGAACAUGAUCAUGCCUUCAGCUACAACAACCAAAAUCAUCACCAUCUGUGAGUGCCGCCCGGUGGCAGUGCAGCAUAGUGAUGAGUAUGGUUGACGAUCCAGAACCCAGCCAUAUUAUCCUUACGAGUAACUAUUCGAGACUGAAAACCAAAUACUCCUUCAACGAGAACGUGCCUGCCGAUCCGGCGCACUGGUGCGUUGGAAAUAUUAACAGCUUCUUCCUAUCUGUUGUUUCAGCUGUCGACUGUUUAAGUUUAAAAAGCCCCUCAAUAAAAAUGCGAAUCGAAAAUCAA